UGCUGUUGCAAUCUCAUUGGUCUGUUGUUCUUAAUAGGGAUUGCUGGCCAUGUCCCUGGCAUGGCCAUUGAGAAGGCUGAGGUUCUGCAGCCUGGGAAGGUUGACGACAUCAUGAUCCUAAGGUGUAUAGACAAGCAUUUGGAGCCUUGGGAUCCUGGGAAAUUUGAGGUGGUUGCAACGUUGCAAAGCUGCCCCCGGAAUGCUGGCCAAGUAAGACUAGUGCAGGAGCGCUCUACAGGACGCCGCCUGGCGGUGAAGAGAAUGCCAUUGUCAUGGACCUGCAAGGAUGCAGAUGCUUUUCGGUUCACGUACCCGUCCGAGACGGAGGUGCCGUGGAUGGACAUGGCUGCCACGAGGUGGCUGAACCUGGUCGGCUUCCAGCACUGCGUCGAUUUUAGAGGAGUCUUCCGAGACGAAGACUACAUUGCCUUCGUCAUGGGACUUGCCGAGGGAGGAGAUUUGUUCUCCUUUGUUGAUGCGAUGGGACUUCCAGUUCCUGGUCCUGCACUUGAAGAAGCAUUACAGCCUAUAGCGGUAGAAUUUCUGUUUGCUGUUGCUCGUCUUCAUCGGCUGGGCCUUGCACAUAGAGAUCUCUCGUUGGAGAACGUGCUUUUGGCGAACAAGAAGGGUGGACCAGUCUAUCUCAUUGACUACAGCAUGGCAACCACGAAGAGAUUUCAUACAGGACCGGCAUGUGGCAAAGCCUCGUAUAUCGCUCCGGAGAUGCACCUGGGUGACUAUGACGCCUUCCAGGCAGAUGUGUUUUCCUGUGGUGUCAUCCUCUAUGCCUUGUUUGCGAAGGACUACCCUUGGAUCUCUACGCGAGCUGGUGCUUGCAAGUGCUUUGAGUAUGUCCGCACACAUGGCUUCCUGAAGUUUAUGAGCAAACGACGCAUCAUUGUGGGCAAUGACAAGAAGCCCGUGCAGCAGGUGAUGUCGCCAUCAUUUACGCAGCUUCUGGAUGGUUUGCUUCGCUUCAAGCCAGAGGAUCGCUUGGUCCUUCUGGAAGCUCAACCAGGCCUGAGCAGUAGCAGCGUUUGGGCUCAACCUUGGCUGAGACAGGCCCUCGUCACUUUCACUCGCCUCCUCGACGCGUUGGCAACUCCGCAACGACUCCAGACUGUUGAAAAGAGCCCGGAGCUGCUGAGUUGGUUACGAGAGGAGCGAAUCAUUUGAAUUUUCUCUGCGCAAAUCUCCGGAGAUUUCUUUGUUUCCAGUGCGGACUCCAGCCUGGCUGACCAUGGCCAGCUCCAGUUCCACUACACUACACCCUUUUGGGAAGGUUCCACGCAAGUAGCAACAGGCCGCCUUGAACUUCAUGCAUCCUUUUCAUCAUUGAUUGUGUCGGUGCUUCUAAAGCCUUGCUUCUUGCGAUUGUGUUGAUUGACAUUGUGCUCUGCAGAGUAUGUCGCGAGACCCCAUGCCCUUGGCGCUUGUUCGCCCAAUGAGCAGGCAACGUGCAAGGGACUAGC